AUGGAGCCAGUCCCAUCUGACGAUUUUGCGCAUCCAGUAUGUUACAUUCCUCAUCAUGGUGUGUACAAAAAAGGUAGCACUACGACGAAGCUUCGCACUGUAUUUAAUGCUUCAAGGAAAUACAAAGGUGGCGUUUCUCUAAACGACUGUCUUCAUGUUGGACCCAAGCUGCAGAGCGACUUAAGCUCCAUCAUUUUAAAAUGGCGAAUGCAUCGAGUUGCGUUCAUAGCGGACAUUGAAAAAUGUUAUCGCCAGAUUUUAGUCAGCAGACCUGAUGCUGAUAUGCAGCGGAUUGUCUGGUGUGACGAGCAGGGCAAGCCAGCCAUUUACCGGUUGCUCACUGUAACUUACGGCUUAAAUUGCUCGCCCUAUCUCACCAUUAAGGUUCUGCACACGCUUGCUACGGAUGAAGAACACGAUUUUCCUGCAGCAUCAAAAAUAUUAACGGAGUCGUUUUACAUGGAUGAUUGCCUGCAUGGUGCCGCAACCGUGGAAGACGCUCUGAAUAUUCAACGCCAGCUACAACAGCUUUUGCAGCGCGGCGGAUUCAACCUUCGGAAGUGGAUGUCCAACUCUACUGAAUUUAUGCGCCAUCUCAUCGGUUACAAGACAAACGUAACACCUAUCAUUGGAGACAUCACAAAGAGGCAGCAAUUGUCCGAUGUGGCCAAAAUCUAUGACCCGCCGGGUCUACUAGCACCUGUCGUAGUUAAAGGUAAAGCUAUUUGUCAGCAGCUGUGGUUAUCGGGUGUCGAUUGGGACGAUCCCAUUCCUGAUCCACUUCAACAAGAAUGGCGACGCUUUAGAGACGAAAUGCCUCAAAUCAGAGAACUCAAAGUGCCCAGGUGGGUUGGAGCUGAGCCCAGUGUAUCCAGUUACCAACUGCAUGUAUUUUCUGAUGCCUCUACUGUGGCAUAUGCUGCUGUCGCGUACCUUCGUGUGGAAACUUCAGGUAAUGAUGUAAAAAUAUCAAUUCUAACCGCUAAGACUAAGGUGGCACCACUGAAGAAGAUAACCAUCCCGUGUUUGGAGCUAAAUGCUGCUCUACUCGCAGCGAAAGUAGCCGCUAAAGUGCUGUCAACACUGCAACUACCAGCGAUUCGACUUUACUGUUGGUCGGAUUCCAAAACCACGCUCAGCUGGAUUCGAUCAAAUCCUGGUAAACACAAGCAAUACAUCAGCAAUCGUGUAACUCAAAUCCAAGAGUUAACACCAAUCAACGCUUGGAAGUAUGUACCUACUACAACGAACCCAGCCAACAUUGCAUCCCGGGGUAUUUUCCCGUCUCAGCUCGCAGGGUUGUCGCUAUGGUGGCGGGGACCUCCGUGGCUAAAUCGUCACUCAAGCACCUGGCCUGAACAACACAACGGUUCGACAGAUCCAGACGAAGAAUUAGUUCUCUCCCUAGUGACGAUUCCGGAAGAGUCCAAACCAACCAUGCUCACGACAUUGCUUCAAAAAUACUCGAAUCUCAACAAGCUAUUGGCAGUCACAUCUUGGUGUCAGCGUUUCCAUGCCGCACUGAUGAAGCGACCCCAUGAAACAACUCUAUGGUGCACUGUGACCGAAAGAACCGCGGCCUUGCAAUUCUGGAUAAGGUACGUUCAGCAGAUUCAUUUCGCUAAUGAGAUCUCCUGUCUUCGUUCUGGCAAACCGAUUUGCCAGAAGAGCAAGCUCCUCAAAUUGAACCCAGUUUUGGAUGACGAUGGUAUUUUGCGUUUAAACGGGCGGUUGAAGAACGCAAACAUGCCUUUCUAUGAACAGUUUCCAUGCUUGUUACCGAAACAGGAUCCUCUGUGCACGUUACUGAUCAGUCAAGCGCAUGACUAUACGUUGCAUGGCGGCGUUCAAUCGACUCUCAACUUUACAAGAAGAAGAUACUGGAUUAUUGACGCUCGUUCGUCAAUCAGACGAUUCAUUCAUCGUUGUAUAAAAUGUUUUCGUCACCGAGGUGUUCGCUCGACCCAAAUCAUGGGAAGUCUUCCCACGCAUCGCUGCAACGCAGCAAAACAUUUUAGUCAUUGUGGUCUCGAUUACGGUGGACCGUACCAAAUUCGCAGCGCGAAAGGCAGAGGCUAUCACAGCUACAAGGGCUAUGUUGCCCUAUUCGUAUGCUUCAGCACCCGAGCAAUUCAUCUGGAGCUGGUUAGCGACUUGAGCACUGCAGCGUUUCUUGCAGCCCUUCGAAGAUUCUUUGCACACCGUGGAUACAGUUCGGACAUAUACAGCGACUGUGCUACAACGUUCGUAGGAGCCGAUGCGGAACUAAAAGCAGAUCUGGCCAGCUUUCGACAACAGCUUGAGGCGGCAGCACGGUACGUGCCAACUUGGGGAGUAACAUGGCAUUUCAUACCACCUGGAUCUCCAAAUUUCGGAGGCAUCUGGGAGGCGGGUAUAAAAAGCAUGAAACAUCAUUUAAAGCGCAUAAUUGGCAGCGCGAAGCUAACAUUUGAAGAAUUUUAUACUCUUUUAAAGCAAGUGGAAGCAGUGCUUAACUCGAGGCCGAUCUCGGCACUAACAGAAGACGCAACGGACUUAGCUGCGUUGACCCCUGGCCAUUUUUUGGUGGGCGGUCCGUUAGUCGCUACUCCCGAACCAAGUUUACUUGAUGUUAAUCCAAAUCGACUCAAAAGGUGGAAACAGCUUCAACAAAUGCAACAACACUUCUGGGCCCGAUGGAGUUGUGAGUACUUGCGAGAACUACAAGUAAGACGCAAAUGGCAUCAAACUAGCACCAAUCUAUCACCCGGAGACUUGGUCUUAAUACGCGACGAGCGCGCUCCUGACACUCAGUGGACGUUGGGUCGUAUAAUAGACGUGCAUCCAGGAACUGACGACGUUGUCAGAGUGGCAACCAUUCGUACGCCAACUUCCAUUAUCAAGCGAGCCAUAUCAAAGUUAGUACUGCUGCCUAUGGAGGACACCUGA